AUGCAUCAGAGAGCUCACACAGGGGAAAAGCCAUAUUCCUGUCAUGAGUGUGGGAAAUGUUUUUCACUAAAUUCCAAGCUUUACAGACAUCAAAGAUCUCACACAGGGGAGAAGCCGUAUUCCUGCCCCGAGUGUGGGAAAUGUUUUGUAAACAAAUCAGGACUUGUUAUGCAUCAGAGAUCUCACACCAGUGAAAAGCCAUAUUCUUGUCCUGAAUGCGGGAAAUGUUUUUCAGUGAUGUCCAAUUUUUACAAACAUCAGAAAUCUCACACAGGAGAGAAGCCGUAUUCCUGUCCUGAGUGUGGGAAAUGUUUUUCAGCAAAGUCCAAUCUUUACAAACAUCAGAAAUCUCACACAGGGGAUAAGCCGUAUUCGUGUACUGAGUGCGGGAAAUGUUUUUCACAGAAGUCCAAUCUUUCCAGACAUCAGAGAUCUCAUACGGGGGAGAAACCACUUUUCUGUCCUGAGUGUGGGAAAUGUUUUUCACAGAAGUCUAAUCUUCACAAACAUCUGGGAUCUCACACGGGGGAGAAGCCAUUUUCCUGUUCUGAGUGUGGGAAAUGUUUUUCACAGAAAUCCCAUCUUAAUAUACAUCAGGGAUCUCACACAGGGGAGAAGCCACAUUCCUGUGCUGAGUGCGGGAAAUGUUUUUCACAGAAGUCCAAUCUUUACAGACACCAGAGAUGUCACACGGAGAGAAGCCGUAUUCCUGUCCUGAGUGAGGGAUCUGUUCCUCACUGA